UAUCCUUCCUAAACAACCAAACGCAGAUAAAUCCCGUCAGAAAUAUUUCUCUCCUUCCGCUGCAGAUCCGAUCCAGAGAAAACACUAGACAGUCUGUGAGUUUUCUUGCAUCAGAGAUCAUUAUGGGUCGUGGUGUUAGCAGCGGUGGUGGGCAGAGCUCAUUGGGAUACCUUUUUGGUAGCGGUGAGUCUCCAAAGCCUUCCACGGAUGGUGGUGAAAGGCAACAACCUCCACCAAAGCCUACCCCCACCACCACUUCGCCACCAGCGGCAGAGGUCCCCAAGCAAACUCCUGCAGUCGUUCCAGCUAGCAAUGCAAACAACUACUUUCGUGCUGAUGGACAGAACUGCGGCAACUUCCUCACUGAUCGUCCCACAACCAAGGUUCAUGCAGCCCCUGGCGGUAGCUCCUCCUUGGAUUACCUCUUUGGUAGUGGAGGGAAGUGAAACCUCCUUAAGUAUGGGACUCAAGAUUUAAUAAUUUAUUAUAAUAUUUUAUAUGCUAUGCAACUUUCAGUAUGUAAUGCUGCACAAUUGUUGCUCAUGGUUGUAUUUGUGUUGGCAUUGUAAGGUGUUAAUCUCCUUUGUCGUAUAACUUUGAUCUUUGGAUUUGAAUGAAAGGGAGUUUGUUUUCUGCUUUGUAAUCCAAUGAAAUGAAAAAAAUUGC